GAAUGUUCUUCAAAGUGAUAAUGGUAAGAAAAUGGCAUCCUCCACCAUGUUGAUGGGCUCCAACCAACCCAAAACUAAAAAAGCAAUACACAUAUUGUAAGAAAAUGCCAUAGACUUUGUGCACAAAGGAAUGGACACGGCCACUUGGGUACUCAACUCAUUUCUAUAUAUUUCAGCUGCUCCUCAGCAAUGUUUUGAACUUGUGGGGAAAAAAAAUGAUGAGAAGCAUAAGGGCGGUUCUGGUGCUGGUGGCUGCAGUCUUAGUAUGCAUUUGGGGGAAUAAUCACAUGGCGAGCGCAGACACGAGUCCCAGCGAGUGCAAAGAGGAGAGGAACCUGCUGGUUAACGCUUGCAGGCCAGUGCUAUACUGGCGCAGCCCAUCUGCAGACUGCUGCCAGCGCGUUCGAGUGAGCCAUGUUGAGUGUGUGUGCCCCUACGUCAGUACCAAGACCGCCGCCAUCAUUGGAGGCCUUGGUGUUCCAUACGUGGUUAAGAAAAUUGAAGGGUGUGGAAGGACAGUUCCUCGAAAAUUCAAGUGUGGGAGUAUCACCACUCCAUGAGGAAGACACCCUGCUCGCUUUGAUAUGAAUAUAGUUUGAUCAGUUACCAUGUUUAAGUACUGAGUGUUAGCUACUCUUGCCAUGUUUGUGAGUCGAAUAUCUCCUUGUGCUCCUGUUGUGCUACUAUGACUUUACUAUGAAUAAAA